ACCCGGAGGUUUUUCCUUCUUCUUCUUCUUAUGCCUUUUUACCCAAUUUGCCUUUUUUCAUUGUGCCGUUCCUUUUAGACAAGUGCCCACCUUAAAGCAGAAGAUAGCCGGAAAGUCUCCCCCGACUGAGAAGUUUGCGAUCCGUAAAGCCCGACGCUACAAGGCUCGCUGCCCAAUCCGGCUGCCAGUGCCAGUGCUGGAGAUGAUGUACAUGUGGAACGGGUUCAGUAUGAUCAGCAAACGGCCGGAGCUGACUGAAGGCAUGAUGCAGACUUUGGUUGAGGCAGAGCGAUGUCUUCUGGAGUCUCCCGAAAAAGAGUAUGUGGUGGAUGACUGCUGUGUGAUCUACCUGCUGAAGGGUCUGUGUUUGAAGAACCAGGGUCUCCUGCAAGCGGCUGAGGAGUGCUUCAACAAAGUGUUUGCAAGGUGAGGUCCAAUGGGCGUUGAAAACUCCAUG